GAGGGCAGGCAGAGGGAGCUGGGAGGGGAGAGACACAGACUGCUGGCAUCCGAGUCUGUGACUCACUCAUCUGGCGCUUUGACCUUGCCCGGUUAUUGUUCAUCCAGAUUCUGGCUGCCUUUUAUCUAUACUUAAUGAAGCCUACUUCUCUGUCCUUCCUUACUCCGUGUAUUAUUUCUACUAUGGAUAUGUUUUCAACAUAAAGUGUCUAAAUGGAUUAAACAGAGAAUGAUAAAAAAAUAAAGCUGGAUCCCUGUCCCCAAAGGGCUCACAAUCCAAAAAGAAAGAUCAGAUUAGACAGCAGCAGCAGCAGCCACUGGAGGGAUGCUGUGCUGGGGAUGGAUAGGGCCAGUUGCUCUCUGCUGGGAUAUGCGACAGCUGCAGCCCAACCGACUGUGCAUCGUUUGCAUCAUGCGAUCAGCCCUGCAGCCAGAGGGGGCACCGUAGUUUCCUCUGGACUGGUGGGGCUAGCUAGGAGUUUCUCUUCUCCUUCCUGUUCCUGGGCUCUGUUUCCCGUGUGUGAGUCAGUCAGUUCUCUACUGAUCUCCAAGUGCCUCUUCUGUUGGUCUCCCAAGGAAAGUGAUCUUAAGCCUUUCUCUGGUGCUUGCUCUGGAGACCACGCAGACAGCUCCCAUUCUUGCUGCUGCAACACUCUCCCCCUGCUCAAGAAAGAGAACCACCCGUUGGAAAAGGCCCCUCCCUCCUUGCCCUGUUAGUUCCUUACCAUCCUGGUAAAAAGUAUAGGGGGCUGGGGGGAGAUGGCCCGCCUCAUGCAGUCAGGUUUCCCCCACUCGCCUUCCUGCGGUCUCUCUGGGGAGAGGAGGGGAGAGGAAAAGACCACGAGGUCCGUGUAGUCGGAGCUGGUUCUAGGACUCAAAUCAAAGUCUCCCAGCCCCAAAUAUUGCCCUCCUACAUGGUGUGCCGGUAUGGGGGGUGGGGGUGGGGAUAUUUUCCAUUAUUCUCCCCUUGCAGAAAAGGGAGUGUGACUGUGAGAAGAAAGGGAGGGAGCGGGCAGCUGUUUCUUGCUUCUUCCUCUUCUUCUCAAUAGUCUUUCCCCUCAGAAACCACUGGGAAGAAUUUCUGACAGGACUGGUGAGAUCUGCGCCACCCCCAGGGCCUGAGAAAGCUCUUGACCAGAAGAGGGCAGCCAUUCUUGCACCGGAGUGAUGAUGUCCCUCACGUCUCUGAGUGGGGAGCUUCCCGUACGGAGCUCUAGAGGAGCGGUUGAAGGUCACUGCCUCUGAGGCUACACCUGUCCUCAGUUUCCGGUUGUAAGUAAGUGUGAUACUGCAACAGAGUUUUGCUUGGUAUAGCUACUCCUGAUGCCAAGCUGGCGAAGCAGGUCAGGUCAUAUAGGAGGAAAGAAAACUAUGUCAUCAAAUAUUAGAAGAGAAAGAAGAGAAACCUGCUCCGUCCCCCACACACACUCGCACUGACACACAGCAUCAAAGUGGGGCAGACACUUUGCAUGCCUACUUAGAAAUUGAGGAGCACGGGCCUAGAUGUGAUCUGGACUUAAAGGAUCUGGCAUGAAGAAGUAAAAAUGGCUUGGCUGUCGCAUCACAAUGGCCGAAGGGAGAAAAGAAAGAAAAAGAAAGGUCCUGCCUGCGGCUGGGAGGUCUUUAAUGCCUUGCGUUGGGUUGUGGGGACAGAAGGCUGCUUUUGUCGAGGUGACAAGGCCGAUUUGUGCGCGUGAGACGGAAGCUCUCAGGACCCGACUGCAGCACACCCUCAAGCAGGGGAUGAGUGGCAUCGGAGGAGGUUUGGAAGGGCGAUGGAAAUGUGGUGGCUUGGAGGGCUUGAAGACGAGACCGUGGCCCUGCAGCUCAUGGGACUUUGGACACCAACGGACACGGAAGGGAUGCCGGUCGCACAAGCCUGCCUUCUUGGCAGAUGCAGAUUCUUCCGUGAUGUACGGAGACAUUGCCAAGGAGCAUUCAUGGAAGUGCCCAACCCAGAUGCCAAGUCCAGUUGCCGGCAGGUUCAAAAGCCUUAUUGCUCCCCAGGACUGUAUUCCUCUCACCGUAGGUGGCAGACAAAGGAUCUUGCAAAAUACCCACCAUUGUGGGUAUUUUGUGAUGGUGCAGUGGGUGCGUCAGCUUGCCCGACCGAAUAUUGAUCGUGCGGGAGGUGGCCGCCAUGCAGGUAAUGUUUGGGAAAUGCUGCCAUUCCUAAGAGAAGAAUCAGGGGGAGGACCAGCAGAGGCAGCAAGCAUCCUGCUCUUGAAUCCAGCAGAGGACAAGACUGCCACCACGUCCUAGCCCGGUGCCAGCAACAUCCCCAUCC